AUGGUAGACGAACUUACCAGGAUCGUCUUCUGGAGUCUCUUCCAAACCCGACCUAAAGCUGCCACCUUGACGUGGUGGUCGGGCUUCAGUGCCGCAAUGAUCCUCCGGGCUACACUGGCUGGAGCUUCGUUCCACAAGGUACAACCAUGCCAGGAAGGCCAAAGGGGAGCAGCCAGACCCCGUACUACGAGUAAUCGUGCUACGAGGCGGUUUGGGGCUGACAAUGAUGAUGCAAAAAUGAAUGAGUCUCUUCCAAAUGCUCCACCAUCAGAUACAAACUCAUACUGGAGAUUGCCACCCGCGGUUAUUACAGCUGACAAUGAUGAUGCAAAAAUGAAUGAGUCUCUUCCAAAUGCUCCACCAUCAGAUACAAACUCAUACUGGAACGAGAUUGCCACCUCUUUGCAUAGUGUUGGGAAUUUAGCCUGUGGCACCGCACUACCAGGCGCACUCAAGCAUUAG